GACAAAGGUCAAGCCAGUGAUCCUUGCUUGUACGGAAGGGAACUGAUUUGAAUCCUUUUGUUCUCUUUGGAGUGGUUGACAGAUCAUCUGCGCUCAUUAAACGGACUUUCUACCUAUGGCCUAAUAAUUCCUUCAUCUCCCCGAACUCCUUUCGGUCCUUGCCUUUCACUCCUAAAAUCUUUACACCUCGAGAUCUUACCUCACCUCCUCGUCGUGCCUAGAGGAUUGGGUGCAAACCUACGCUGCCCGUUUUGACGCCUGUCGCUCGGAUUGCGCCCGCCGCCCUUACGUCAGUCACGUCAGUCAGCCUUUGCCGCCAUGGCGUACAAUCAGUCCUACAAUCCAGAUGCGCUGCCAGCUCACGCAGAGCCCGAGCAGGUUGCGCAGAUGCUCGGUGCGAUGCAGACGAGCGGCUCGACUCACCAACGACCCCCUCGACAGUCUUCCCACCAUUCCUCCAGCGGAGUGCCUCCGCGCGUGCCCGUGUCCGGAGCGCCGAGCGUCAACCCGCAGCAGCGCUACCCAGCGCCUGUCCAACAGACUCACCAUGGUGGUGGGCGAUCGCCAACCGUUCCUGUCCAGCAACGUCCGCACCCAUUACACCCCUCACCUCCGCCCCAGAAUUACGGCUUCGGGCCUCCUCCCUCGCAGCCCGUGCGCAACCGUCCUCCCCCGUCGUCGCGUCCGCCCCAAUCCCCCCACCCUCCUCCACUCGCGGUCCCCGACGAUGACCCACAGCAGCUGUACCCCCUCUUCCGCGCGGCCAACACCUCGCACUCCGGGGCGCUGACGGAGCUGGAGCUGGGCUCGGCGCUGGUGAACGGCGACUACACCUCGUUCCACCCGAAGACGGUCAAGAUGAUGAUCCGCAUGUUCGACCGCAACAGCAGCGGGACCAUCUCGUUCGACGAGUUCGUCUCCCUCUGGCGCUAUCUGGCGGCGUGGCGGGAGCUCUUCGAUCGGUUCGACGUGGACCGCAGCGGCCGCAUCAGCCUGCCCGAGUUCGAGAACGCGCUGGUCGCUUUCGGGUACCGCCUCAGCCCGGGGUUCGUGCAGGUCAUGUUCAUCACCUUCGAGAGCAAGGGCCGGCAGAUGAAUGGGCAUACGUACGGCAAACAUGGCAUGAGUUUCGACCUGUUUGUGCAGGCCUGCAUUAGUCUGCGACGCAUGACCGACGUGUUCAAACGGUAUGACGACGAUCGGGAUGGGUAUAUUACGGUGAGCUUCGAGGAGUUUUUGACAGAGAUUCUUCAGUUGCAGGAUUAGAUGGAAGGCGUGGAGUUUGGG